CGAAAGAAGAAGAAGCUCACGAGAUUAGUCAUGCUGACAUGGGAACUAGCUGUCUUGAGCAAUCAUUCAUCUCUCAGAUCUUACACGUCCUCCAAUCACAGUUUCACACGUCACCAUUCGCGGCGCCAUGUAUCUGCUUCUCUGAUUUCUGAUAGGUCCCAUUUUAUUCUCUCCCACCUACUAUAUAAACUCCCAUUUUUCCUUUGUUUUUCUUCAACCCAAACAAAAAAACAUUUUUUCUCUAUAAAUCCUUUAUUAUUGUUAUAAAAACUCCGAUGGAUCGGCAAAAUUCCGAUGACAUCAUGAGAUUUCUCGAUGGAAUGGCUAGCUCCGACGACGUUCUUUUCGGUUUUCUUGACGAAGGAAACCAGUCACCGGAAGAUUUCUCCGUAAACCUCAACGCCGGCGAAGAUGACGGUGACGAAGACGACAAUAAUAACAAUUCUGAAGAUAACAAAGCUUUUUGGCAGGAACACGAACAACUUCUUCAGGGGACACUGUAUAGGACAAGUUCCAUUGAGACAAAGAUUAGACAAGCUACAAAAGAAGCGUUGAAACAAGUUAAAUCUAAGGGUCUUUAUUGUGUUUGCCGGCGACCAGUGGACGGCGGUUGCCGGAGUUGCUUACGUGGCGAAAUCUCUAGACACCUAAGAGAUGUCGCCGGCUACGAUUGCGUCAUCUCUAAAUCUAAAUGGAGAAGUUGUCAAGACAUCCCUGCAGGGGAACACGAAUUUAUAGAGAUUGUGGACCGAUCGGGUUCAAAGAAAAGCGAGAUGCGAGUGGUGAUUGAGUUAUCAUUUAGGGCAGAGUUUGAGAUUGCAAAAGGCAGUGAAGAGUACAAAAGACUUAUCAGUCGAUUGCCUGAGGUUUACGUCGGGAAAACCGAGAGGCUUCGAUCUCUGAUAAAGAUAUUGUGCAUAGCGGGAAAGAAAUGCUUGAGAGACAAGAAAAUGCAUAUGGCUCCUUGGAGAAAACACAAGUACAUGCAAGCCAAGUGGCUUGGCACAUGUGAUCGAUCUAGCUCCUUGGAAGCUUCGGUUUCCGAGGCCAUGGAGCCAGAAAAUUGGGUGCCGGUGGCGAAGCCUAGGGUUUCUAUGUUGAACUAUGAUGGUCUCUUAGGUGGUUUCUCUGCCGGUCCGGCCACUGUAGCGGUCGUGUGAUAUUUUUGUACUAUGUUUUUUUGAUGACUUGUAAUUAUUAAGUGAUUAGGGUGAGUCAUGAGUGUUAAUUAUGGUUUCUGAUUUGAACUUAGCAAGAAAUGGUCUCAGCGGCUGUGAUUCGAGCCUCUACAUUGUGUAGUAAGGGACGAAGAUGCUGUUUUGUGUCAUUGGUGCUGGAAGAAAUUAGACAUUUGUGAUUUUUUUUUAUAUUGACUGUAUACGAGUGAUUAACAUUAAAAUUUAACAGAAAUAAUAUACAUUUUGAGUUUCGAGUUAUCUGAAAGUUUUAUAUUUAACUAAAGU